AUGGGGGCCUACGUGGCGCUGCAGCGCGGAGACACCGCAGCAGCAGCAGCAGCAGCAGCAGCAGCACCAGCAGCAGCAGCAGCAGCAGCAGCAGCAGGAAGACCCUACUCCCCCUAUCGCCCAGCAGUUCCUCUUAUAGGGGCCCCCGAGGGGGGCCCCCCCUAUCAUAUGGGGGCCCCCCGUCGAGGGGGGCCCCCCUAUCAAGGGGGGGCCCCCCUGGCUAAUAUAAAUGAAGAGGGUACUGAUGCAGCAGAAGCAGCAGAAUCUCUUCUCUCGCCUAGCCUCACGCCGAGGGCCCCCAGGGGUGAGGGGGCCCCCCGGGGGCCCCCCAGGUACCUUCAGGGGGGCCCCCCAACAGAAGAUAACACAGAGGAGGGGGGCCCCCCACUCACGCCUGGGGGGGCCCCCUCAGAUGCAGGGUACCCUGGGGGGGGCCCCCCAGCAACCUAUGCAGGGGGGGCCCCCAUAGGGUACCGGGGGGGCCCCCCUCUAGACCCUUACUGGACUACAAAGACAAGGAAAGAAGAGAAGAGGUUUAGUGCUGCUAGUAAACACAUAGACAGCAGCAGCAGCAGCAGCAGCAGCAGCAGCAACAGCAGCAGCAGCAGCAGCAGCAAACUGUCGUUGGAGGAAUCUGCCCCGGAGGAGAGGAGACUGUAUGAUGCAGCAGCAGCAGCAACAGCAGCAGCAGCAGCAGCAGCAGAUGGGGGGCCCCUAGGGGCCCCUUCAGCUGCUGAUAGCAGCAGCCUAUUCAAUUGGGAUGAAGACGAAGACGACGUAAAGUGGGCUUCUGAAUUCCUAAAGAGACAGUAA